UGGGCGGGGCGUGACGGGUAGCUGUGGCGGCGGCUGGUGGCCGCGGUGGCAGCGGUGCGGAGCCCCAUGGUGCCGGUGCGCAGGCCGCGGCGGCUGAGCGAGGUGGCGCCGCCAUGGGCUCCCUGUUCCGCAGCGAGAGCAUGUGCCUGGCGCAGCUCUUCCUGCAGUCGGGCACCGCAUACGAGUGUCUGAGCGCACUGGGCGAGAAGGGCCUGGUGCAGUUCCGAGACCUCAACCAAAAUGUAAGUUCUUUCCAAAGAAAAUUUGUUGGUGAGGUAAAGAGAUGUGAAGAACUAGAACGAAUAUUGGUGUACCUGGUGCAGGAAAUUACCAGAGCUGACAUUCCCCUGCCUGAGGAAGAGGCCAGUCCUCCCGCACCACCUCUUAAACAUGUUCUAGAAAUGCAGGAACAGCUGCAGAAACUCGAGGUGGAGCUAAGAGAAGUCACCAAGAACAAGGAGAAGCUGAGGAAGAACCUGCUGGAACUGGUGGAGUACACCCACAUGUUGAGGGUCACAAAGACCUUCCUUAAACGGAAUGUGGAGUUUGAACCCACUUAUGAAGAGUUCCCUGCCUUAGAGAACGAUUCUUUGUUGGACUACAGCUGCAUGCAGAGACUGGGCGCCAAGCUGGGAUUCGUGUCUGGCCUGAUUCAGCAGGGCAAAGUCGAAGCAUUUGAAAGAAUGUUGUGGCGGGCCUGCAAAGGGUACACCAUUGUGACCUAUGCAGAGCUGGAUGAAUCCCUGGAAGACCCUGAGACGGGCGAAGUCAUAAAGUGGUACGUGUUCCUGAUUUCCUUCUGGGGAGAGCAGAUUGGUCACAAGGUUAAGAAGAUAUGUGAUUGUUACCACUGCCACGUCUACCCAUAUCCAAACACGGCUGAGGAGCGCAGGGAGAUUCAGGAGGGGCUCAAUACUCGGAUCCAAGAUCUUUACACUGUGCUGCACAAAACGGAGGAUUACCUGAGGCAGGUGCUGUGCAAGGCCGCCGAGUCGGUGUGCAGCCGCGUGGUGCAGGUGAGGAAGAUGAAAGCCAUCUACCACAUGCUCAACAUGUGCAGCUUCGACGUCACCAACAAGUGUCUCAUCGCCGAGGUCUGGUGCCCCGAGGUAGACCUGCCAGGCUUGCGCAGAGCACUGGAGGAAGGUUCGAGAGAGAGCGGAGCUACAAUCCCCUCGUUCAUGAACACAAUUCCUACAAAAGAAACGCCGCCCACUCUGAUCCGCACCAACAAAUUCACCGAGGGCUUUCAGAACAUCGUGGAUGCCUAUGGUGUCGGAAGCUACAGAGAAGUGAACCCAGCUCUCUUCACCAUCAUCACCUUCCCGUUCCUGUUUGCUGUGAUGUUUGGUGACUUUGGACACGGCUUUGUCAUGUUCCUGUUUGCCCUCUUACUGGUGUUAAAUGAGAAUCACCCCAGACUAAACCAGUCACAGGAGAUCCUGAGGAUGUUCUUUAAUGGUCGCUACAUCCUGCUGCUGAUGGGGCUGUUCUCCGUGUACACUGGCCUCAUCUACAAUGACUGCUUCUCCAAGUCUGUGAACCUCUUUGGCUCAGGGUGGAACGUGUCUGCCAUGUACAGCUUCAGUCACUCUCGAGAGGAACAAAAGAGGAUGGUGCUUUGGAAUGACAGUACCAUCAGGCACAGCAGGAUUUUGCAGCUGGACCCGAACAUCCCUGGAGUUUUCCGAGGCCCCUACCCUUUUGGCAUUGACCCUAUUUGGAACCUGGCCACAAAUCGUCUCACCUUCCUCAAUUCAUUCAAGAUGAAAAUGUCUGUGAUUUUAGGGAUUAUUCACAUGACUUUUGGUGUCAUUCUUGGAAUAUUUAAUCACUUGCACUUCAGGAAGAAGUUCAACAUCUACCUGGUGUCCGUCCCUGAGAUCCUGUUCAUGCUCUGCAUCUUUGGGUACCUGAUCUUCAUGAUCAUCUACAAGUGGUUGGCAUACUCGGCAGAGACCUCUAGAGAGGCCCCCAGCAUCCUGAUCGAGUUCAUUAACAUGUUCCUGUUCCCAUCCAGUGAGACACAUGGCCUCUACCCAGGGCAGGCGCAUGUCCAGAGAGUGUUGCUGGCCCUCACAGUGCUGUCGGUUCCUGUGCUCUUCUUAGGAAAGCCACUCUUCCUGCUGUGGCUGCACAAUGGGCGCAGUUGCUUUGGGGUGAGCCGGAGCGGUUACACGCUUGUAAGGAAGGACAGCGAGGAAGAGGUUUCUUUGCUGGGCAGCCAGGACAUAGAAGAGGGGAGCAACCGCAUGGAAGAAGGCUGCCGGGAAGUGACAUGUGAGGAGUUUAACUUUGGGGAAAUCCUGAUGACGCAGACCAUCCACUCCAUCGAGUACUGCCUUGGCUGCAUCUCCAACACUGCGUCUUACCUGAGGCUUUGGGCCCUCAGUCUGGCCCAUGCACAGUUGUCUGAUGUGCUGUGGGCCAUGCUGAUGCGUGUGGGCCUGCGUGUGGACACCACCUACGGGGUCUUGCUGCUGCUACCUGUCAUGGCUUUCUUUGCAGUUUUGACUAUUUUUAUCCUCCUGGUCAUGGAAGGGCUUUCUGCGUUUCUCCAUGCCAUACGCCUUCACUGGGUUGAAUUUCAGAACAAAUUCUACGUUGGUGCAGGCACCAAAUUUGUUCCUUUCUCCUUUAGUCUGCUCUCCUCUAAGUUCAGUAAUGACGACAACAUAGCAUGAUCCACGUUGCUGCAGCCACCCCGCUCUCAGAUUUAUGGAGAACUAUCAUGUUACAGAAUUCACUCAAGUCAGAUUUCUGACAGGAAAAUUCCAGCCUCGUUGAUUGCCUUAUGAUUCAGCCAAAUGAUUCUGUAAGAUACGCCUCUCCUCAUGUUGAAGAUUUUGUAGUGCUCACCACUUUGGACACAACAAUUUUGUUGGUUUUUAUUAUGAGCAAAUAUAAAUUAUGCCAACAUUACAUUAAAGUUAUUUUUUAAAGUGUAAAUUUGGAGGAGAAAAGCCAGCUGAAUGGCUAGCUAAAAAUGGUUAUAGAUACUUGAUACCCUUUCAAUUUUAAAAAACACAAAGUUAUUCCAUCACAAGAAGAUGCCAGAUAAUAUUUUCCCACAGCUCAAGCUAGACAUAGUGUUUUUUUUUCAGAUGUUACCGCUGGGUCAUCAGUAGAUCCUGCUCACCCUGCUGGCUCAGGAAUGUGUGUGCAUUCUCCCUGAUCCCUGCCAAUCACCAGGAGGGGCAGCAACGCAGCCCAAUCUUGUUUUAAUAUUUGGAGGAAACGGGAGAAUAUGACAACAGAUGGCUUUCCUGCUUGUAUAUUUUUACAAGAGUCUUGUCCUGUUACCUGUAUGUCAUACCAGUCAUGAUGGUUGUACAUUUGGAAAGAUGACGGUAUGACUGUCCUGAGCCUUAAAACCCAUGCCACUGCAGGGAAGACAGGUAGAAGUAGUGUGUAUUUUUAUAGCAAAGAACAAAUGAAGAUAUUUUACCAGAAACCUUGUGUCUACUUGGGAACAGUAUAAUUUUCUACUUUUCACACUGAUUCUAAAUAAAGGUCUGAUGGCCACAGUUUAAUUUCCAAAAAUUGUUCAGGUCAGUUGAAAACUAAUUGUCAUUAAUCUAUUAAUUUAUUAUCACGAGUAUAAAAAUCACCUGUUCUUGGGUUGCUUAGCUUUGCAUGAAGUUGACUUAGUCCCGUUGAACACAGUGAUCUGUGUCAUAGUCUUAUAAAUUAUGUUCAUUUUCGCAUUUUACAUUAAGUGAUUUUAGAUUAAGUAUUUCAAAAAGAAGCCUGAGGCUGGGGUGUUGCUUGCUUGCUAGACCCUCCGACCCACCUCUCUCAGGUGUGGUGGAGGCAGAGGAUCACAAGUUCAGGGCUACCCUUGGCUAUGUGGUAAGUUUGAGGCCAGCCUGGGCAACAUGACACCCUAAAGAGAAAAAGGAGUUUAACAUAUUUCUGCCCUCUUGCAAUUUUGAGUCACAUGCUACUGCAGAGGCCAGCUGGUCCCCGCCCCUCCACUCCGUGUGGUAGUGUGGGGCUCCUUGAUGAAAAGCCAAGCCUCUGGCAGUUGGAGCAGCCUCCCAGGCUUUUAAGGCGUUUCCUGAGACUCUCCCUGUGCCUGGACUGUAAGUCGCUCCUCUCUAGCUACAGCAGAGUCUGCACCGCCCGGCAGUGAACGCCAGUAUUUGUGCCGUGUGCCAGCUUCCUUCCUGGCAGCUCUGAUGCUGAACCUGCUAGUGGCUGGGGAUGAGGUGGUACUGCUCAGGGUUAGACCUGCUUUUACCUGUAUCCAGUGUCACUCCCAUGCUGUCACUCUCCUUACUAUUCCCCAGGGUCUUUGGUCCUCACGGAGUUAAUUGAUUCCAGGGACAAUGGCCAGACAGGAAGUGCAGUUUUGGCCAUGUUCACUAUCCCUGUUGGCCAUUAUUAUGGAGCUACUUUUCCUUUCUAACUAGCACCUCUUACCAGGGUACAGAUUGAAGAAUGAGGGUGUCACAGUUAUAUGGAAUGGCAUUACAUAAAUUACUCCUUUUGUGGACACCCUGGAAAUAUAAUUGAUAGCAUCCCACAGAGGGAAGCAAGCAACUGUUGUAUGGUGUCAUGCUCAUCUUCCUGGAACAUCAACAGACCCAUGUCCUCUGUUCAGGUGUUCACUACCACAUCACAGAGACUUCUGUUGGUGGAGAGGCCAGAUGUGGCCAGUAGAGGCAUGCAAAGGAGUUUGAGCUCUUGGACUCUCCCUCCACCAUGAGACCUGGGACAGACUCCUCUUCUGGCCUCAGUUCUAGAAUGGGUCUGUAUGCUUCGAGAUAUUUAAGCCACUCAUGCAGGUCUUGGAAUUGUAAUCCUCUUGCAGCGCUGGGCUUGGCCCAGGGUUCCUAUAAUGACAUUCAGACCAGUGUUCCAUCAGCACUUGUGUAAGAGGCGUAGACUAUCCGUUGGUGACUUACGGGGCUGGCAAAUCAAGCUGUGAUUUAGAGUUUGACCUACUUUAGGAAAUAAAAACAAAAACAGCUUCAUCAGUUCUUUUUCUUUCAGAAGGACAUUUCUCUACUGAAGUUUUUACUCGGGGUUUGCUUACGUGCCAUACCCCCCCAGGCAGACCUUAAGAUCUCUGCCAUGAUGCUGUGAGUAGGGAGUUUGCAGUAAUGCCUUUCCCACCUGUGGACCGCUGCUGUGGGGCUCUGCUCCAGCUCCUCAAGAAAUCCUUGGAAGAUGCCACUCCCGAGGGAUGAUGUAACAAGCCUGGGUUCUGGAGCCUGGACCUGGGGCAGAAACUACAGGAGCCGAUCAGGGCUGCACUGCACAGAGGCAUGGAAGGACUAGUUUGCCUGUCAGUAUUGAACUUCCUUUUGCUAGUGACAAAUAAAUAUAUAUUUUUGGGA